UCUGACAUUCUUAUUUAACACGUGUUUUUGUUUGACCGGCUUUAGUAAACGGAAAUCUUAUUUUAUACUUCUUAAUUCUUUAAGGUUAUAUUUAAAAACGUUAUAGUAUUAUAAUUAUAUAGUGGUAUUAUAAUUUAAAAGAUGACUGGAUGCUAUCAUAUUGUGCCGUGGUAUAACAAAGAAGAAUGGAACAGUGUCUACCACAAAAUUUUUAUUACUCCAAAUAAAGAAGAUGCUCUUAAUUUAUUACAAACAUGGAAAGCAAGAUGUCCUUUACUUCCAUCUGGUAUAGAAUCUACAUUUAUUCUGCUACAAGUACAAGUUCAGGAUGAAAAAAUCUCGAUGGAUGUUGAAUAUGACCAGUUUCUUCGUCUUGCAUACUCUGCAGCAAUAAUGCGAUUUGUAAACCAUAUGCUUGACGCUGAAACAUCUAAAGGGUCUAGUUUAUAUCAUGCAGCAAAAAAUUUAGGUGUUCCCGAUUGGAUUAUAGACCUGAGGCAUGACACUGCACACAAUAGUAAUUUACCAUCAUUGGAGUUACUUAGAGAAGCUUCAAUAAUAGGCUUAAAUUGGCUGCAGGCUAAUUAUUGGGACAAAUACAAGCAGUAUAUUGAAGACUACAUCACUGGACAAAAACAUUCACCUAACUCUGACGAGAAUCAAGUUGCAGCUUUAAUACAUUUCUGUAUAUCUUUAAGCAUAUGUGCUCAUCGCAAUUCUAAUAUUAAGACAUUGUCUCAAAUACCAGUUGAUAUGAGGGAAUCUGUUAUAUGUGAUGCUACAGAUUUAUUUGGUGAUUUAAUUGAUUUGUCUAAUUUGAAAACUGUGUCAAUUAAGUCAUUGGUUAAUUUAAUGAAUGUACAUUGUAAGAAAUUCCUGAAAGGAAAAAAUUCUGGGGCAUAUGUGAAUAAAGUCCUGCUUGGUGAGGACUCCAUAUUUCUAUCGCUGGAUCUUCUUCAAUAUUUAGGUGGUAAUGAAUUUGCACACAAAAACAGAUUUAGAGCAUGUUAUGUUCAAUAUUUUGAAUUAUUGCUCACAUUUCUCCAUACAAAUGAAUUACUAUUGGAAUUUAUAUUGGAGCUUGUACAGACAACCCAGUCUAAUCACUGUAUUGAAAAAAAAUGUCACCUUGCUGCAAUUUGGCUUUCAGAAAUACUGAAAGCAUUGAGAAAAUGUAAAAAUUUUGUUGAUAGAAUCAAAAAAAACGCCAUGGAUAUUAGCGCAAAGAAUAAAAAAGACUUAAAAUCAAUUUAUAAUCAUUGGUUCCCUCACGAUGACAAUAAGCUAUUGCUUGAUUUGCGAAAAUCACCACCAUUGCCACUGCUGGACAUAAACUUUGUGAAACCUAUCAUAACAGCAUACAAUCCAUAUCUGACAUAUUUCAUCAAUGAUUUAUUAAAUUUAGUGGAGCCACCCCUACCUGCGCCAAUUAAAGAAAAAAUAUGCAAAUUAGCAAAUCUCAUAUCAUUUCCCCAAAAACUAUCAACAUCAAUACCAUCGAAAAUUUACACUGUUAAUGAUAUAAAGAAGCAGGAAGAUCCAACUAAUACAGUAAUGUCUUAUAUUGAUACUGAUAAUUUAGAGCAAUCUUUAGAUAUUGAGAUGAUGGAUCAAGAAAACCAAGAACUGUCUAAAUUGGGUAUUUGGAAAUUAUCUUCAAAAGAAUUUGAUUGGUCGACUUGUCCCAUUGGUCAAUUUUUGUAACAAAUAAAAAUUAAAAGUAAUACCUUCGUAUUAUCCUAUACAUAAAGAAAACAAUAGAUAUCUGCACAGCAAUUGUUUAUUUUUUAUAUUGUAUACAGUACAAUGUUUUGGUUACAUUUCAUUAUUUUGACAAUAUUAUAGAGCCCUAAAAAUAAAUUGAACAAUAUACAUGUUUAUAAUAUAGUACAAGAUUCAUUAACGAUAAUUGUACGAAAUCUCAAAUAGUCAGAUAACAUACACCCCUACAUGAGUACACGACGGCAAUUUGUAAACAGUAUAUAGUAUUGGUCCUUAGCAGAUACAACUAUAGAAUUAUAGUAAACAGAGAUGUCUCUAUAUAGUAGGAAUAUCAGACAAUAAUAUCAUGUAAAAAUUCCAUCACUUGUUUUAUAUUUGUCACAAUACCACUACCAUAACAAAAUGGUAACCCUAAUAGAUUUUUGAACAGAUUUCAAUCAUUUGAUCUCUUCAAAAUAUACCAAUUGCAGAAAGUUUUACAAAGGUAUUAUUGACAGUAUUAUACAAUUUAACAUUAUUAUGUCAACAGAUCUAACACAGUAUCUUUAUAAGGAUACUUAUUACAUACUAAUGAACUACUGGGUAAAAUUUAACAAAUAAAAAUAGUCCUAAGUCUAAGACAAAAUGAUUAGGCACCGGUUGUUACUUAAUUUAAUUUCGUAACGCAACAACAAAUCCGACUUUAAAUGCUUUCAUAAAUAAAAACAGAUAGAAAUUUAGGCAGUAACAUGAACAACUAUCCCUAUUAAUUUUAUUAUAUUUACAGAAUUCUUGCAAGGAACUCGUCAACUAUCUACAUACACUUCUAGUGUUUACAUUACCAGAUUGCACACUAAAUUACAUUCUUAAAAUAAUUAUGAUAUAUCAUGAGUUCCUCCAAGUAUUUGAAAUGAAGGACAAUCUCAGUUUCAAAUUAAUUAAAUCACAAUUUUAAAAUAAUAUUUCAAAGUGGACUAUUAGAUAGAUAGUUAAUAGUACAGGUCUUAUAAGAGCACUAUAGUUAUGUUUACAACAGUCAACUAACAGCUGAACAAUCAUACACAUGGACUGCUGAAAGCAUACUAAUUGAAGGCACAGAAAUACAGUAGAUUACUGCUGCGACACAACCCUAAUAAAUACAAUUAAACAAUUUCAUACGCGAUAUAGAAUAUAAUGGCCACCUCUGCAUGCUUCCAUACAUGCACACUAUUAUACCUUCACAUGUAAUGUCUGAUAAAUAAUAAAAAUCACGGCUCUAGGUAAUUUAUUGCGAGUUAAAUAAUAAAAUACAUGUUCUGAAUAGAGGGAUUUUGUUUAAUUAGUACAUGAUGUGCUUCAUUGUUUAUUUUAUUUGUCAUAGAGCAAUCACGUUGUUUCAAGUAAAAA